AUGGCGUCCCACCCGGGAAUGGCGACCUACGCCUUCAACGACACGAGCCUGUCCCAGCCGGAAAGGGACUAUCUCAGGAGCCUCCACGACUUCGCCCUGACCCAGAACCUCGCCGAGGACAAGCAGAACUAUGUCCGCGCCGUUAGCAUCGCCUUCACCGUCUUCGCCGCCGCCGUGGUCGGCCUGCGGUUCUGGGCCCGCCACCUCCAGGCCGCCAAGCUGCUCAUCGACGACUUCAUGAUGCUCGCCGCCCUGGUCAUGUUGUUUGGGAACAUGACAAUAAACCUGGUGCUGGUUGAUCACGGCAUUGGUCUUCACUCGGGUCGUCUGCCCUACGAGGAGAUCGAGUUCUUGAACAGGACCAUGAUAGGAGCUGAGAUCCUCUACGUGACGACGGUGAACCAGUACAAGAUCGCCCUCCUCUUCCUCUACCUCCGAAUAUUCCCCAUGGCGUCGGUCAGGAAGGGGGCCCUCUGGUGCGGCGGGUUGACGUGCGGCUGGACCUUUGCCUGCAUCAUCGCGGCGUGCCUCCAGUGCGUGCCGCUCAGCCGCGUCUGGAACCCGUGGCACGAGGGGGUCUGCAUCAACCUGUUCCUCACGCAGCUCGCCAUCUCGAUCCCCAGCAUCCUGGUCGACAUUGCCAUCCUGUGCCUGCCCAUCCCGCACGUGCUCAAGCUGCAGCUGGCGCCCUGGCAGCGCUUCCUGGUCAUGUUCGUCUUCCUUCUCGGCAGCUACGUCGUCUUUUCCAGCUGCUACCGCUUCCGCGUGUUCUUGUCGUAUUCGACAGACGACGUUCCUUGGACUAUCGCCGAUGGGCUGGCCUGGAACAUUGUCGAGCUGAGCAGCGGAAUAGUGUCUGCUUGCUUCCCAACUCUUGGACCAAUAGUACGCUCUGCCAUCAGGGCCGUCAGCAGCGUAGCCUCGGUCUCGGGGCUGUACGCCAAGUCCAAGGGGACGUACUCGGGCGGGCCGGUUACCAACGAGACCCCGAACCAUCCCGGCGGGCCCAAGAGCUGGGCCAAGCUGGAGGAGGAACACGCGAGAGGGGAGAACAAUCACCCCGCGCGGGGCGGCAGGGUAGGGCUGGUUACAAUAGGGUCCAAGCCCGUCGCCAGAGGCCGCCCUAGCUGCGAUAGUGACUCGGACGACAUUGAGCUGGGAAGAUACAUGGGCUCGAGUCACAAUGUGGCGGUCUCGAGGCCGCCGCCGGCCAUGGAUAUCGAGCAGGGUCGCCGCGGGGCGGGAAGGGAAGGACACUGGUAG